GGAUAUUAGAUAUUGGAAAGGUCAUCUACAGAGUCACUCAAGGUCUCGUGGAGGCUAUGGUUUUCUAGGGCCUAUAUAUCCAGCAGAAUACUUACCAAAGCCGACCUAUCCAAGUUCUAGAUACUAUUAAAUCGUCGGCUUACAACACAUCUGGUCUCAUCUAUAACACUAUAAACUUAAAAUAUGGAAACCACUGUAUUAGUUACAGGGGGUUCUGGCUUAGUGGGAAAUGGGAUCCGACUUGCUCUAGAGAACAUUAACGGUCCCCUCAAACGAAAUAACGAAAAGUGGAUAUUUUUGUCUUCUAAAGACGUUAAUCUGACGGAUAGUAAUGCUACCCGGGGAUAUUUUGAGCGCAUACGCCCAACCUACGUAAUCCACUUAGCUGCCAAAGUCGGUGGUUUGUUUGCCAAUAUGUCUGACAAUCUUGAAUUCUUUCGCCAAAACAUGCAUAUUAAUGACAAUGUAUUGUCAAGCAGUCAUGCAGUUGGUGUAAAGAAGGUUAUUUCGUGUCUUUCAACGUGUAUAUUUCCUGAUCGUACAACUUAUCCAAUCGACGAAACUAUGGUACAUAAUGGACCUCCACAUGAUUCUAAUUACGGAUAUUCUUAUGCUAAACGCAUGAUUGAUGUAAUGAAUAGAGGGUAUAGCGAGACUUUCGAUGUUCUUUAUACGUCUAUUAUACCUACCAAUGUAUUUGGUCCAUUUGAUAACUUCGAUAUUAAUCAAGGACAUGUUCUUCCUGGUCUUAUUCAUAAAGCAUACUUGGCUAAAAAGAAUGGCGAACCUUUAAUUGUUUGGGGUUCUGGUAAGCCAUUGCGUCAGUUUAUUUAUUCUGUUGAUUUGGGUCAUCUCAUCAUAUGGACUUUACGGGAGUACAACGAUUCUUCUCCAAUUAUACUUUCUGUACCCGAAAGUGAUGAAAUUUCGAUCCGUCAAGCUGCUGAAGUAGUAGCCAAGGCAAUGGAUUGUCCUGAACUCGUUUUUGACACAACUAAAGCGGAUGGUCAGUUUAAGAAAACUGCUAAUGCAUCCAAACUUCGCCAACUUUAUCCUGAUUUUAAAUUCACUCCUUUUGAACAGGGAAAUUGAAUAUUGAAUCGAAUUCGUAAAUCUCCUUUCUUCUCUGGAUUAUCAGGUAAUGGCAUGCCCUCACCUGGCACUACUUUUUCAUAGUUGGGACUAUAAAAUCCAUGUUUUGCAAAGAUAGAAAGAUUUAUGAAUAAAGUACAUCAAUAAAGAGAAUGAACAAUCUAAUCUUGAACUAUUCAAGGCUAUUAUUUGAGUCAUUGAUGAGUGUGAGCUGCACAAAAAACUGUAACUAGGAUGUACUACUCAAG